AACAGCGACUUGUCUUUACGGUACUCCACUCUACUCUGCACAGUAGAAAAAUAAAAUUGUUUUCUUCAUAAUAUUUUUACAUUUCAAUACCAUCGAGGUAGUGUAUAAGAAUUAUUCAAGAACGAACAGUUUGCGUUCAGCCAUCAGAAGGAUUAGUUGAGUUCUUGGGAACAAGACUUUAAGUGGAAUUGUAUACAGUUUAAAUGUGUUUGAAAAUUUAAAAGAAAAAUUAUUUUUACCAAGUCAAUUGUCCAUAACAUUAAUCAAUUAAUUGCAACUUUGUAGCAGUUUUGCGAUUAAUUUUUUUUCGCUAGGAAAAUUUGUGAAGAAAAUUCUCUCCACUGUGAGAAGUAGAGUUAUUUAAUGUGGAUUUUAUUUUCAAUAUACGGUGAACAAGAAAAUCAAACAUGAUUGCAUGAGCGCAAGUGAAUUGUUUUAAUUACGAAAGAUUUUAUAACACACACAUUAAUUUUGUACGAAUUGGAUCUUACGGUUGCAGCAGCAAAGAAAAUCCAAAUAAAUCAUGAGAGCUAUAAUCAUCAUAGCAGCGAUCUUAACAGCAGCGACAGCAUCGAAUUCAACACCGGACAACAACCAAGACAGUGAAAAAGAUGAUGAUACAUCAAGAAAAAUAAUUGGUUCAAGUGUGGUCACAUCAGUUUCCGUCAUACAAAACGGAGAAGAACCGCCCAAGUUCUCCGACGCUGUUGGUAAACCGGUGCCUCGCCCACUUGUACCACCACAAGUUGCUAGCCCGAUAAAUCUCCUGAAUCCAGAUCGCUAUGAAUUUUACACAUUUAACGAUAGCGGCGAUUUAGUGAAACGACUCAUGACAAUGAAAGAAAUUCAAAGUAUUGUUGCUGGUGGCUCGAAUGAAGGAUCGGUGAUGCAUCAUAUGGGAUCGACUAACGAUAAGAAUUUUGAUGACAAUGUCGAAGAUAUCGUGACCAGUGUUCAGAAAGUCUUAAACGAAGAGGUUGAAGCGAAGAAAAAUACAACCAAUGACCACAACGUUUUAGAUACCCCAGACGUGUCCUCAACUUGGAGUAUUAUUUUACCAGCUAUUUUUGGUAAUACUGGCGAUGAUAUUCGUCCGCAUAAGCCACAAAUCGUCAUGACACCCGACUCGGUUAUUGUUGAUGCAACCGAGAAAACAGCUGCGAAACCUGUCAAUGUUAAGGUGAAACCGAGCAACACUGGAUCUUUUAACAAAAUUGAAGAUCCAUCCGAGAAGAAGACCGCCGAGAAGCCUACAACUGCUGAAGAGCCAAUGGUUCAUGUAACGAAAAAGAAACCAGUAAAUACAGUAUUUGAAGCGUCGACUCCGAGAAGCAAUAUUGGUGGAUACCAUGAGCACUCAAUUGAUGAAAUCCAUACACAUCACAACAGUUCUCAACACGGAUAUCGACGUAAAACUACUCCAGCGCCCUUACUUUCUACCACUGGAAGUAAUACAAAAGCGCCGAAGCCUACAAGAUUUGUAACGCGCAGACCUCUCACUCCUCAUACGCAAAAAAUUCAGGUUGUGACUACCAGUACACCAGAGUUAGAGGAUACCACAACGGAACAGUCCACUCGGGCCUCAACAAAAGAGUCCUCAUCAGAAGCAGUCACAGAAAAAGCAACCGAAGUAAUAGCCGAAACAUUUGCAGAAGGAUUCACGGAAGAAGCCCCUGUAAUGACGACUAUUGCAUCUGAUUUGGACCUAUUCACAGUUGCAGCAACUGAAUCGACAACAUAUCACGAAAACGCAGAGUUGACGACAUAUAAACAAGAAUAUGACGAACCAACUACACAGCAAGUUGCCGAAGAAACGACUGCGGAUACGGAAACUGAACACAUUGAACAUGUGGCCACAACUGAACAUUCCACAGAGUUGUUCGAUUCGAGCAACAGUUUUAAUCAAAUAGUCGAAAGUCUUAAAGAUAACGUAGCAUCCGAGUCUGUAGAAAUGAUGACUGAAAUGAAUGAAUCAGAUGCAUCAAUGAUUUUCGAUGACCUAACAACUACUGAAUCGUUUAUGGAAGAGGAUAGUAACGGUCAUGCUACCGAAAAAAUUCCCAGCAUCGACGUUAUUCAACGAAUUAAUCAGUCCAAUGUCUACCUGAAUGAGGAAAUGUUUGUCGAUGAACAGGAACCACUUAUAUAUGAUAUUCCAACAACGACAGAUUUCAGCAUCGACACUACUGAAUACAACGAAGACGCUACAAGCAAAGACGAGGAUCUAACAUUGCCUAUUUUUGAAGAGGUUAAACUGCAGUAUCCAGAAACCAGUUCCAUAUUUGAAGAAAAGAAUCCAAUUGUUCAACAGGUCGAUAACUUCAUAAAUGAAAACGCAGCCGAGAUAGCCGAUUCGCUGGCUAUUGAAAGUACAAAUAAUGAAAAGAAAGUGGCUAAUGUCGUUGCUUUAGAUAAUUUAACUCUGUCAGAGUUCAUUGGCCAGGCGGCAACAGUCGCUUCAGUUCUUAGCAAUGAUGCCGAUAAUAUGCCAAUCAGGACAAUCAUGAACCAGUUGAUACUGUCACCACAACUGCGACACGAUGAAUUAGCACCAACUACCAAUGUUCCUGCCAAUUUUAAUGAAAUGCAAGUCCUGUCAUUAAAGAAGGAAACUUCGCCGGCGUCAUCCGAUAAAUCAGAUGAUGUGUCAUACGAGACAUCAGUUAUUAAAGAAACAUCGUCAAUAUCAAUGAGUAGCAAACAACCGGUUGUAAAGUUGAGCGAAAAGCCUGAAUCAGUCAACGAUGCAUCGAAAAACGAAGUGAGUUCGGAGCUGUUCAAAAUGGACUCAGAUGCUAGCACUGAAAUAUCCGUAGAGUCUGAUGUUCAUGAGGAAAUGAAUAUGAUCAAGUUGAAAAUACCAGCUAAAGUUACCGUUAACUCAGAUUCUCCUUUGAACGAAAAUAAAAGUCCCACAGAGUUUGCAACGGCCACAGAAAUGAAUGAUAACGAAAUGUCGACCUUAAACGAUGAAUAUUCCACUCUAAGUGCGCCAACAACAGAACAAGUUCAUAAAGAAGGAACUACAGUGGUGGAUGAAGUUCUGGACGAUUUGGUACAUACAACGGAAAGGGUACAUAUCGAAAGAUUUGAUCAAACAACAUUGCCCGACGACACUGAUUCGCCAUCAGAAACCAGCAAUCAUCCUACAGAAAAUCAACCAAUUUCGGGAAAUUUUGUAUCGGAUAUCCUGAAUACAAUUGGAAUGAUCGAUGAAGAUGUGAUAGCGCAAAAAUUCAACAUCUCCGUACAUGACGAGAUGGAAGAUGAAGACAUAGGUGAAAUGUUCAACGAAGGUACAACCGAAACCGAUGAAGUGACGACAACAAAAUCCAAAAAUGAACAGACAACAAUGUACAAUCACUAUGAAGAAGAGAUCGAAAAUGAAAUUAUAAAACGACUUCAGGAAACGCUAGAGGAACGUCUCAAUCCGAAAACCGACAGAAUGGAAGUCAUGGAAAUGUCGUACACAACAGACUCACACAUUGCAAAAACUACAGGCUCUUUUGUUGAAGCAACGACAGGCUCUUUCGUUGAAGCAAUAACAGGCUCACCCAUUGAAGCAACAACAGUGUCAUCCGUUGAAGCAACAACAGGCUCACCCGUUGAAGCAACGACAGGCUUACCCGUUGAAACUACGUUUGUACGUUUGGAAGUCAUUACAAACAAGGAAUCAGAAACAGCGACUGAAAGUGAAACUGUUCCGCAUUCAACUGAAGAAAAUCGAAAAGAUUUAAGUCAAAGCGAAAAAGUUGAAUCUACAACAGGAGUGAACGACGAAACAAAUUCUUUUGAAACAACUGAAUUGUCUAAUGCUUUGAAUGAUCUGAACAACAACUUGGUUACUGACGAAGCCAACAUGAAUCAAGAUGACUUAACAACUAUCGAGCCCACAACUGGCUUAUACCCAAAAGAUGAAGAAGCGUUUAUAAAGCUCGGUGAAACUACCGUUCUGCCAACGACACAGCCACCUCUCCAGUCUGAAAAUGAUGUGAACACACAUUCUUCAAUUAUCAAUUUCAUUUCGUCGAAGAAGCCGGCUACCCUCAAAAUAGAUGAUCGUACCAGUGGCUUUAGCAAACCAUCACAACAUUUCCGACCACAUCCCACAGAACAGAAACUAUUCUAUGUUAAUACAGCCAAACCGUCUCUCAAAAUGCCCCCUUCGACCAACACACUGAAAAUCAAAGUUUCUACUUCAAACAGACGACCUAUGCCCGUGAAAUUGGAUCCAGCUCCGAAGCAAGCACUUGGGCUAGAACAAAGUACGGUCGGUUCCGAUGCUGACAUCUUAGAGUUCACAAAACUUUGCAACGAGCUGGCUUUCACAUUCUGGAAAUCACUAACAAGCGAAGGGAUCAGUUCUGCCCGAAGCUUAGUAAUAUCACCUUUCGCGUUGACCUCAAUGUUAGCGAUGAUAUUCUUAGGAGCUCGUGGAAGUACAUCCGGGGAGAUGAACGAAAUGUUGCGGCUCGACGAUAUGGUAACCUUUAAUCCUCAUCUCAUAUUCAGAAAUAUUACGGACUCAGUGGAAAAUACCAAGGACGCUGGUAUAGCGAACACUGCUUUCGUGAGAGAAUUGUUCAGCGAUCGAUCGAAAGGAAAAAUCCUGUCAUUUUACAAGGACAAAGCUCAACAAUUCUACAGCGGACAUGUGGAGGAGGUGAAUUUCAACGUAAUAAACGAUGUGAUAAGACGACGAACCAACUUGUUGGUCAAACGGCACACUUGGAGUAAAAUUACGGAGUACAUCAAAACAAAUAACAUCUGGUUGAAUCCACCUCUUGCUGGACUGUCAGCAAAUAUAUUCCAAACAGACUGUUCCAAGGCUACUGUGAACGAACGAGAUGGCGAAAUGUUCUUCCAAGUUUUGCCAGCUAUUCGACAACGUCGACUUGUUCCGAUACCAGCAGCAGUUUACAAAUCUGGUUCUGGUUUCAUGGCAGGUUAUGAUCCAGAAAUUGAUGCGACUGCUGUGGCUUUCGGUGGAACCGAAGUUGUGAGCACAAUAUUUGUAAUGCCUGGCCAACAAGGACAUUCUGCCCCCGGUGAUAACUUGGAACGAUUGGAAUCAGUUUUCAUGACAAAUGCUGUAACAAAUAAUGCAUGGCGUCGGUUGUUGACAACUCUAAUGCCUCGUCAAGGUCUUGAAGUACAAAUUCCCCGGUUUUCACAUCGAUCGUUCAUCAAUGCAACGUAUGGUCUGCAAAAAAUGGGUCUCAACGAAUUAUUCAAUUUCGAUAAAGCCGAUCUGCGUGGCUUAACUGGAUCGACAACAAGGGACAUGUACAUAUCCGACAUGAUACAGAUCAACACGUUUAGCACCUGUGCUGAGGAUAAAAUUGGCGAACAACAUCAUGUUGAAUUAUAUCCAGCACCGCCAAUACAGAAGCGAAACAUUAACUAUCGCGAAUCGUUGGACGGUGAUUAUGUGGAUGCUAGUGCGUCCAGUGUGUCGGCCGACGAAGAGCGAUCGUUAUACGAUCCAUUGUUUGAUGAUCAAACGUAUUUAGAAUUACCAUUACCAUUAAGACCCAGACAGGCUAGAAUACCGGAAGCGCCAAGACUUCGAUUCGACAAGCCCUUCCUUUAUUUUGUGAGACACAAUCCAACGGGAAUGAUUCUAUUUAUGGGACGAUUUAAUCCACGACUUCUACCUUAAAGGGGCUUGCAGGCUGAAUGCUUUUGAUAAUUUUAUUUAUUUUAGAUUGUAGUGAGGACAACAAAACAACAAAAA